CGGAGGGGGGUGGGGGGGUGGGUAAACGUUUAAAUUUCUGUGGCUUGGAGAACUUCUGGCCUUCAAGCGCCCCCCCCUCCCCCCCGAUAAUGUCUACAGCUCUACUCGCGGGACUCUUUGACGUGGGCGAUUGUGUCUAUAAGAGUAACUCCAGCAGAGGCCUGGGCAUGGGGAUCCUGGACAAGCGACCUCAGCCGGCGAGCGCUGCGCCCGCGGGCAACUUCAUCUUCUCCGAUCGACGCCACCGCUCCCCAAAGUUCCAAGAAUUCUGCUUCAAAGCGGAACCAACUUUGCAGCAGCAUAAUCAACAGCAGCAGCAUAAUCAGCAGCAGCAGCAUAAUCAACAGCAGCAGCAGCAUAAUCAACAGCAGCAGCAGCAUAAUCAGCAGCAGCAGCAGCCACACAUUUUCCCGAAGGAGGGCAAAUUCCGCGACAGAUCGUACAGCGAGGGCGGGGAGCGGCCCGCACUUCACCGGGUCGCCAGCGCCGGCAGCGCCACCGUCCCGUGCGGCGGCCUCGGCGGCCUCGGCGCCCAGAGCAGCAGCUCGAGCCGCUACAAGACGGAGCUGUGCCGCCCGUUCGAGGAGAGCGGCGCGUGCAAGUACGGCGACAAGUGCCAGUUCGCGCACGGGCAUCACGAGCUGCGCACGCUGGUGCGCCACCCCAAGUACAAGACCGAGCUGUGCCGCACCUUCCACACCAUCGGCUUCUGCCCCUACGGCCCGCGCUGCCACUUCAUCCACAACGCCGAGAGAAGAGGUCCGCACACGGUGGCCGAUGGCGGCGGUGGCGGUGGAGACCACCGGCCCAGGCUCCAGCACAGCUUGAGCUUCUCCGGCUUCUCCACGCCCGCGAUGCUCGGCUUGGACUCGCCGCCGCGUCUCCACAGCCCCCUGUCGCUCACCCCGCCGCCACCGCCGCCGGGCCUCUACGCGGAGAUCGACGCGGCCCUCCUGGCCCCCGUCGGCUCAGCUGCCGCCGCGGCCGCCGCUGCCUCCUCCUCGUCCUCCUCCUCCGCCUCCUCGUCGGCGUCGUCGUCGACGCCGCCGCCCUCGUCGUCCUCCUCGUCGGGCUACUCGGCGGGGGGCUACGCCAACAACGCGUUCACCUUCUCUCACCAAGAGCUGGCCAACAUGUUCGCACCCUUUGCCAUUCCACGUCCAAUCCAACAGCAGCAGCAGCAUCAGCAACAGCUGCUGCAGCAUCAGUUGCAGCAGAAUCAUCAGCAGAAUCAUCAGCAGCCAGCUCCGGUAGGUGGCGCCUCUCCGCCGAGUUGCCCCGCGGGCUGCGAGCAGAGGCGCCCCGCGGGCUCCGCGCCGUCCCCCGUGUCGGAGCCGCCUCCGAGCCCCCAGGGCUCCUCCUUCUCGGACCACGACAGCUGCUCGUCGUCCAUGAGCUCCUCGGGCAGCCUCAGCGGCUCCGAGUCGCCCGUCAUGGACCCCAAUCGGCGGCUGCCAAUAUUCAGCCGCCUCUCCAUCACCGACGACUGAGGGCCGCCGCCGCCGCGGAGAAGGGGAGGUGUGCCGUUUGUUGCUGGACGCUCGGCGGUGUUUUGUUUUGUUGUUUGGGUAGGUAGGGGUAGGUGGGGGUAGGUGGGGGGGUUGGC